CUUUUGCAAGUUUAAUUGUAAAUCGCACGGGGAAGUGGUUUCACAUUUCGAAGCGCCUCAGUCUUGUUGAGUUAUGAAAAUUAGUGACUUUCGGCUGUGAUAUUGUGAUAAGUGGCGGAGCAGGAGAGGUGCAAUGUAUGGAUGUACAGACCUCGCCGAUAUGCUUCAUGUUGCCAUCGUCGAGUGGGGGAAAUUCACUGAUUUUCAAGUAACUGUGGACAUAUUACCACAAAAAAUAGUCACUCAGUGUGCUUUAGUCACUGUGUAAGUUUCUUUGUCGCACUACGGCUAUUUUGUCCGUCAUUAUCAUCAAGAAUACAUAUUAAAGAGCCUCGAUCACGCUGCAAUAAGCUUCAGGUGGCAAUCGAUCGUCCCUUUACUUCCACUCGACUUGUCAACGGGUUCACACCGUAUAGUUGGGAAAAUUGUGUGGUUUUCCCACCCGGAAUUCUGCACAAGUGCUAUUCAGUGUGUGAUUCUGUGAAACGGAAGUUGCAGGCCUCUUAGCGAAACUCUCUCCGUUUUGGGAUAAACAACAAGUGUGAUCAGGAUUUUCCGUGUUGAUUCCCAUCAACCUUCGCCAGAACUCAUCGCAGAAAGACACUUGAAAAGCAAUCAAAAUGACGGAAAAACACAGCACAAACGGUGUCAGUCAAACGGAAACUGUAACUCAGCCAGCCUCCAAGGAUGAGCCAAAGGAUAAUCCCAAGGACCUCAAGCGGGAGGCGAGUUGGCCGGCCGUGCUCUUCUACAUCCAUCUCAACAUCUUAGGAAUAUACGGAGUCGUGGUGCUUUUCACACAGACUUCCCUCAUAACAGCAUUAUUUACCAUAACCCUCACUUUCCUGGGCAUUAUUGGAGUCACGUGUGGCUCCCACCGGCUCUGGGCACAUCGCACCUACACGGCCAGCCCGUCGCUCCGCAUCUUCCUCAUGCUGUGCCAAACGAUGGCCGGCCAGGGAUCGAUCUACGAAUGGGUGCGUCAGCACAGACUUCACCACAAAGUCUUCAAGACGCCCGAUGAUCCCUACUACAGCGACAAGGACCUCCUGCACAGCCAGGUCCUGACGCAAAUCCGCACGCUGAGCGUGAAGCAACAGCGAAUGCUUGACGCCAUCGACAUGAGUGACAUCGAGGAUGACAAAAUCGUGAUGUUCCAGAAGAAGUUCUACUGGAUUCUCUACCUGAUCUUCUUCGUCCUGCUGCCCAUCAAUGCGCCCCUUGAGUACUGGAAUGACACGGUGCAGGCCGCCCUGUUCGUGGCCUUCUCCCUGCGCUACAUGAUCGUGAUCAACGUGGCGUGGCUCGUAAACUCCGCACACUUCAUCUGGGGUCUCGACAAGAACUUCAAGCAGUCCGACUCGAAUCUCAUCUUCGUCAUCACCAAGACUUACUGGCCUCAAUACCACUACCUCAUGCCGUGGGACUAUCAGACGGGAGAAUUCGGAAACUAUGGCGAAGGACUCACCACGAUACUGAUUCGGGUAUUCGCGGCUCUAGAACUGGCCUCAGAUCUGUCCACCAUCUCCACGGAUGCCGUGAAGACUGGACUCACCAUGGCGGUGGACUCUGGACGGCCCGUGGUGGAUUGCUUGCGAGAGGCUGGAAUAGCUGAGAUGGAGAAAUACCCCAAAGUCUGUCGUGCCUACAACAAGUAGAAAACACAUACAAUUUCCCCCAAUUUAUCCAUCACCGAGCAUCGAAUAUGAAAGAGUCCAAAUUGCAGAUGAUGCAAUGCCCCACAAAUAUUCUAUCGCCCCGGAUUCAAGCACUCUUAUCGAAGGUUGUGCGUGUGUGAAUUAUUUGCCACUUAUUCAACACAGUCUCUUCCCCUUUUUCCUUUACUUUUUUCUUACUGUAUCGCAAAAUUUUCUCUUAUCUCUUUGUGUAUAAAAUGAUAUUUUUUUUGGUUAAUAAAGGAGUUAAACAUAUGAAGAAAUGCACGAUGUCUGUGGGU